AUGAACUUGAACAAAAGCAUGCUCCAGGAGCUGUGCCAAUCCAAAGGAUGGGCCUUGCCCAAGUACAGCGGCACCCAGCAAGGCCCCCCUCACCAACCUCGCUUCUCCGCCUCUGUCCUCGUCCAUGGCUUCGCCUUCACCACCAACACUCCACUCUCCUCUAAGAAAGAAGCCGAGUGCUCUGUUGCUGGGUUAGCCUUGGAUUACUUCCAUCAUAACCCACCACCCAAACGCGUCAAGUGCUUCUCUCACGUACCUUCCCUUCCUCCACCUUCACCACCAGGUUUGCUGUGUCUCACAUAUAAGGAGAAUGAGACAUGGAAUGAGACAACUAGCACUGAGGGAAAGAAGGAUACUUAUGAACUGGAGCUAAAGUUCGCAGAAGAGAGAAAGCUUUGGCAGAGAGAAAAGCAUCAGCUUCAACUAAAGAACAUUGAACUGGAGAAUCAGAUUGAUAUGAAAAGGAAAGAGCUGGAGCACUGCCGCAUGAAGCUGCAUCACAUGAAUGAGAAAGCAGAAUCAGAUCAGAAGAAAGCUGAAAAUCUGAUAUCGCUGGCAGAAAAGAGAAAGAGAGAAAAUGAGAAACUUCACUCAGAAAUCAUGGAACUGAAAGACCGCCUCCAAGCCAAACAGGCAGCAAAUGAGGAUUUUGAAGCACAGAUGAAGAUUGAAGCACUUGAACAAACCUUAAAGGAGAAGGAUCAGGAGCUUACUGAUCUGUCAGAAUUUUACAAUGCACUGACUUUCAAGGAGAGAAGCAAUAAUGAUGAGCUGCUGGAUGCCCGUAAAGAGUUAAUUGAUGGACUGAAAGAUAAGUCAAAAAUCUAUAUUGGCGUGAAGACAUUGGGUGACCUUGACUUGAAAGCAUUUCAAGUUGCAGCAAAGAGAAGAUAUACUGCAGUAGAAGCAGAUGAGAGGGCUGUGGAGUUGUGUUCUCAGUGGGAGGGGUAUGUUGGGGAUUCUAAAUGGAACCCAUUCAAGGUUAUUAGGGAUGCGAAAGGAAAAAGAACGGAAAUUAUUGAUGAAGAUGACAAAAAGUUGAAGGAUCUGAAGAGUGAGCUGGGGGAUGAAGUGUAUAAGGUGGUGACAACUUCCUUACUGGAACUUAAUGAACAUAACUCAAGUGGGAGGUACAAGAUACUAGAGCUCUGGAAUUUCAAAGCAGGAAGGAAAGCAACUCUUGCUGAAGGAGUUGCUUACAUCUUGAAGCUAUGGAAUGCGGUUAAGUAUAAAAAGAGGCGAAGAAACUAAGAAGUAUGCCAUAGUCCUAUUGAGGUAGAGCUACGACUAUACCAGCAAUAGGAUUUGCAUGUGCAGCCAAUGACAUACCUUGAGAAUUGUGGACAAUGGCUUCUAUAUCUUAACAGGGUUGUGAAUAAUGGAUUCAAGGCCAGUAGUGAAAUUACUGGAACACCUGGUAGCAUCAGUCUUGAUAUGCGGGCAAGACCUAUUGCGAGGGAGAAGGACAAGA